AUGGAGAAAUCACUGGCAACGCUUGACAACGGCACGACGUGCUCCUCGUGGAACUACUCCGGCCAGAGGUUGGCCACCGGCUCCGUAGACGGGACGCUUUCAAUCUUCGAUUCCGGCGACCCUGCUUCUACGUCUUUCAAAUGUACCUCCAAAGCUAGGGUGGGUGAGAGUGGUGUUGUGAAGGUAGUAUGGAUUCCGCCGCUAUUUGGCGAUGCAGUGGCUUGCAUUGACGGGAAUGGAAGCUUGUCUCUAUGGGAAGAGUUUGCUGAAGAUGCGCAAGCUGUUGAAUGGAAGCACAGCAAAAGCUUUCAGAGCAACUCUGCUAAAGUGUUGGAUGUUCAAUUCGGAGUUUUCCGGACCAUUUUGAAGAUGGUUGUUGCACAUUCAGACGGUCAAGUGAAAGUGUACGAGCUCUCUAAUCCAUUAGAGUUGAAGAUCUGGCAGCUUCAGGCUGAGUUUCAGAAUUUGACUGAUUCAGUAGCUAAAUUAGCCAAGGCUUCAUGCUUCUCUGCUUCCAUUUCUUGGAAUCCACAAAGGGGCGAUGGCCAGGAGAUGAGCUUUGUCUUAGGCUUCAAUUCGGAUACACCGCAACUCAACUCUUCCAAGGUGUGGGAGUUCGAUCUAGACCACCAACGAUGGGUCCCAGUGGCCGAGCUUGCUUUACCUGAAGACAGAAAAGAUCAGGUGUUCUCUGUUGCAUGGGCACCAAACAUCGGCAGGCCAUAUGAGGUCAUUGCUGUUGCUACUCACAAGGGAAUUGCCAUAUGGCAUCUGGGAUCGAACCCCGACACCGAUGGCAGACUUUCAGUGGAGAGGGCUGCUUUACUCUCCGGCUAUGAAGCAGAGGUUUGGCAAAUGGAAUGGGAUAUGAGCGGGAUGACUCUAGCAACCACAGGGACUGAUGGAUUGGUGAGACUCUGGCAGUCCAACUUGAACGGUAUCUGGCACGAACAAGCCGCAUUUGAGCCCACUACCUAG